UAAAAACAUUAACUAGGUGAAAGUGAAAGUUACUAGGUGAAAGUGAAAGUUACUAGGUGAAAGUGAAAGUUGGACCUGGAGGUAUAAAUACAGGCUGGAAUCAGAGAUGCUGUCACAGCUUGCCUGUACAUCCCAAAGAGAAGAACACUGAAUAGCAAUUCUGUUUCUCUUGUUAUUACUCUGUAUUGAAUUGAAGUCACCUUUGUUUUUAAAUUACUGUUUAGUGUAGAAUUUCCCAAAUUCGUAAGAAAAAACGAAAACAGAGAAGGAUAUCACAAUGGGAGGAUCAGGAUCAACACCCCAAUCUGAAAAACCUGCACCACCACCACCAUCACCAGAAUUUGCUAAACCAUGGAGGGAAACACCCUGGGACAAUAAAGGACUUUUGGAGAAAAACCUGAGGGAGCUUAAGCUGAGCGAUUCAAAUGUUAAGUACAUCAGGAUCUUGCUAGCUGGACAAGUGGGAGCAGGAAAAUCCAGCUUCAUCAACUCAGUCAAUAGUGUUUUUCAAAGAAGAAUCACAACAGAAGCUAUUGCUGAUAAUGCUGGUGCGGGUGGUACGAGUUUUACAAAAACAGUGAGUAUAUGA